AUGGCCGACCCAAAAUGGCAAGAAGACACAGAGCUUGCUUCUACUGAUGACUCCAACAAAUAUGAAAGCAAGAGGAUAACUUCGACUCCGGUGGAUCAAAAUGAAGAGUUGAUUGACACCCGCCAGGUUGAUCUUGCGCUUACAAGAAAGAUGAUCCUGGUCAACGCGGCAAUUGACGAGGUCGGGAUGACACCAUUUCAUUGGAAGUUGUUCGUCCUCAAUGGGUUUGGAUAUGGAGCCGAUAAUCUCCUUGUCUUAUGCCAAUCAGUCUCACAGUCUCCUGUGACACAGCAAUUUGGCAAUCCAAGCAAGCAUAUCACAGGCAUUUCCAUGGCGUCCCAAGUGGGGCUAUUGGUUGGUGCAGCCCUCUGGGGAAUAUCAGCAGAUAUAGUGGGCCGCCGUUUGGCAUUCAACAGCAGCUUUUUCAUUUGCGCCGUCUUCGUUCUCAUUGCCGGAGCAAUGCCGAAUUAUAUCUCCUUUGCCGCCAUGGUUGCAAUUUAUUCCGCUGCUAACGGUGGGAACUACAUUCUUGAUACGACCAAUCUGGUCGAAUUCUUGCCCGUCUCUCACUCGUGGCUGACCACCUUUUUGGCAGUAUGGUGGGCAGUCGGUUAUACUAUCACGGGUUUACUUGCCUGGGCGUUUCUUGGAAACUACAGUUGUCAUUCUGAUGUGACAAUCUGCACAAACAGAGAUAAUAUGGGAUGGAGAUACCUUCAUUUCACCUGUGGAGGGUUGAUAACUCUCUUGGCUAUAUUGCGAGUCUUUGUGAUUCGGAUGCCACAAACGCCGAAGUGGCUCAUCACUCAGAAUAGAGAUUCUGAAGCCUUUGACCUUCUGAAAAAUAUCGCCGACUGCUACAACCGACCAUUCUCAUUGACUUUGCAACAACUUGAAGAGCCAGGCCAUGUGUUGAAUUCGGAAAAGUCUGUCUGGUCCUCUGUCCGCCUUAAAAAACACUUCUCGGACUUAUUUGCGACUCGCCGUCUUGCAUAUUCAAUAUUUGUAAUCAGUCUCAAUUGGUUUCUGAUCGGGAUUGUCAGUCCCCUGUACACCGUCUACUUACCCUAUUAUCUCGCCUCUCGAGGGGCAGACACUGGCUCCGAUGAUUCGACAUAUAUUACAUGGCGAAACUACGCCAUUAAUCAAUCCUGCGGCCUUAUUGGACCCAUCAUUGCUGGAGGCCUGGUUGAAACAAAGUACCUCGGCCGGCGAGGAACCCUCGCAGUUGGCGCCGCAAUUACAACAGCGCUACAAUUUGGCUAUACCCAGAUAAAAACUUCCCUGCAGAAUGUAGCGAUUUCCGCGGCAAUUACUGCGGGUGGCAAUAUUUAUUACAGCACACUCUAUGCAUACACUCCGGAAGUGUUCCCCUCUGCCCACCGUGCAACGGGAUAUGGGCUCUGCGUUAUAAUUAAUCGUAUUGGUGGUGUCAUUGCGAUUUUGAUUGGAAGCUAUGCAAAUGUGAACACGACCGCUCCAUUGUUUGUUUGUGCCAGUCUAUAUGCAAUCUUGGUGUUGACAAGUUUGAUGUUGCCUCUCGAGACCAGAGGCAAGAGAUUUGCCUAG